UUGCAUUCCGUUCUUGAUCAAAGUAAUUUGAUUUUUGAAAUUCGUCUGGUGUUGAUGGUAGAUGUUCCACGUACUAGUGCUAUAGAUGCUCAAACUGGCCUUAUCCAACUAGCGGAAGAGGAUGUAGGCUCUCACCAUUCCAGGCAUGGUGGUGCAGAUCACGAGAAGAAAUUGCAAAUUGAAGACGAUCACUCAAUCACAGAUGCAGUCGCGAUCCAUAGUCGUGAAAUACCGGUGCUAGAUGAUCCAUCCCUCUUUCCAGAAGGUGGAAGGAAGGCAUAUAUGGUUUUAUUUGGGUCUUUUUGUGGAAUGGUGUCGUGUUUGGCGUUUCUCAAUUCUGCUGGAGUGAUGCAAAACUAUUUGGUAGAACAUAUUUUAACCACCACCCCCACUUCCACGAUUGGGUGGAUCUUCUCAAUCAACUCGUUUAUCCAGUUUGGGUGCUUGUUGGUGGUGGGCCCGAUAUUUGAUCGUUUGGGGGCCAAAAUCCCCUUGAUGGCAGGUAUUUGCCUAUUCGCUAUAGGCUACUUAUGUUGCUCCUGGGCAACAAAGCCGUACCAAUUUAUUUUGAGCUACAGUAUCGUGGGAGGAUUGGGAGCCAGCUUGAUUUUCUGCUGUAACAUCGGGGUUCUUUCCCACUGGUUUCUCAAGAGAAGAGGUCAGGCAAUAGGCACUUCAUACCUUGGAGGUGCUCUUGGAGGUGCAUUGUUCCCAGUGAUGUACCGGUCUCUCUUCCCCCAAAUUGGGUUUGGAUGGACCGUGCGUGUAGGGACCUUCAUCUGCUUGGCACUUCUGGUGGUGUCUCUUCUACUUAUAGAGGAUCGCAAUAGUGUGUUUGCGAGGGCUUCCACUAAUGAAAGCGUGUUUAUGGAGGUGAUUAAAACCAUCGAUAUACGGGUCUUCAAGGACAAAGUUUACACGUGUCUUGUACUAUCACUCUUGGGACAAGGGUUUGCAUUCAUGGUGACCCUGACAUACGUGACUUCAUAUUCCACUGCCCAAGGGUUUUCUCCCGAUAAGUCGUACUUGUUGAUACUCACGUUCAACUCGCUUUCUAUCCCCGGAAGAAUUCUUCCUGGGAUUCUCGCAGAUAAAUACGGCCGGUUUAAUAUGCUAUGUAUAAUCUGCCUGUGCUCCACCAUUACCAUUUUCGUGCUAUGGCUUAAUACGAAGGUGUCUCACACUUUGGUGGGACUCUUUAUAUUUUCAGGAGUUUACGGGUUCACGUCGGGCCUGACACUUUCAUUGGCACCUACCUGUGUGGGGCAGAUUAGCAAAACACAAGACUUUGCCAAACGGACAGGAACUGCUUUUUUUGUGUUUAGUUUUGGUGAUCUCAUUGGCAUCCCUAUUGGAGGUGCCAUUGCGGGAGCCAACACCUCCAAAAGUUAUGACAAUAUGGUAAUUUUCGUGGCAAUUCUGUCAAUAUUUGGAACAUGUGGGGCGUUCCUCUCUCGAUAUCUUUACGCUGGCUUCAAGCCAGUUAGAGUAUGACUUUAGUUUAUAUAAUAUAUAAAUGCGCUCUCAAGGGCAAACGCGAAAAUAUGCCCG